CUGGCUCUGUUUUGCUCACUGCUGUGCCUUAUCAUCCUUUCUGAAGCUAAUUGUAGCGGUUGAACAAGAUGAAAUUCCAAGACUCAAAGGUCUGUAUGAAAGAGGGCUGCAGAACAACGUCCGAGAUCUGAAGUUGAUCGGAGCCGAAGAAAUAAAGGCAAAAGAACCCUUCUGCAGGGGUCUGAUGGCCCUUGAUUCUCCAUAUACUGGCAUUGUGAAUUACAGGCAAGUGGCCCAGUCCUAUGCUGAAGACUUCAAGGAAGCAGGUGGGACCAUCUUGACUGAUUUUGAAGUGACAAACAUGGAGAUGGCUACAGAAAGUUCUUCAGAAAGUGAAGAUGGGCUGAAAUACCCAGUCGUUGUUAGGAACUCUAAGGGUGAGGAGGUCUCCUGUGGGCACGUUGUGACGUGCGCGGGGCUUCACUCGGACCGCCUGGCCGAAAUCAGCGGCUGCAGCCCUGAACCCCGUAUCGUGCCCUUCCGUGGGGAUUAUUUGGUGCUGAAGCCAGAGAAGUGCUAUAUGGUUAAAGGAAACAUUUACCCAGUUCCCAAUCCUCGGUUUCCUUUCCUGGGAUUUCAUUUCACACCGAGAAUGGAUGGCAGCGUUUGGCUUGGUCCUAAUGCAGUGCUGGCCUUCAAGCGAGAGGGCUACAAGUUGCUUGACUUCAGCCCUACAGACUUUUUGGACGCUGUUCUGUACAGCGGGUUAUGGAAGCUGGUGCUGAGAAACCUCUCCUAUGGCCUGGGUGAAAUGUACAGAGCGUGUUCCCUGAGCGCCCAGGUGAAGCAGCUGCAGAGGUUCAUCCCUGAGGUCACGGUCAAUGAUAUAGUCAGGGGUCCAUCUGGAGUGAGAGCCCAAGCGUUGGACAGCGAUGGGAAUUUGGUAGAUGACUUUGUAUUUGAUGGGGGCAGCGGAGACAUCGGAAGCCGAAUUCUUCACGUCAGAAAUGCCCCUUCUCCUGCGGCGACCUCCUCCCUCGCCAUCGCCAGAAUGAUUGCGGAUGAAGUGAAGCAGAGGUUUGAGCUGUGA